ACACAAUAGGUACUCAAUCUUUGCCUACUACUGGCCGUCACAACUCUCACUUCCCUUUGAAAGCCAUUGAAACUCUCUUUAUUUUCUUAAAACAAUUCUCUUGAAAAUAAAGGGUUUAAUCUUUUUAGGGUUUUAGCUUAAACCCUUUGCCUAAAAAAUGGGAAAGAAAUCAGGGAAGUUCAAGAAGAAGGAAAACAACCCUCCAAAAAAAUCAAAACUUGAUUUUUACAAUGAAGAUGAUGAUAUGAUGAAUGAUGCUAUUGAUGCCUUUCAUGAAAAGAGAGAUAUCAUUCCACUGAAUGUUAAUGAAGAUUCUGCGGAGUCGGAUGAGGAUAAUGAGCAUCCCGUGUAUGAUCUUAAGGAGGAUGAAGACGAGGAGGAUGAAGACGACAACGACGACUUUGAUGAUGCUAAACUUACUGGCCUUGGUGCUAAAAUUGCAAGGACACAGAAAUAUUUAAAAGCUACUAUGGGUGGGGUUGAAGAUGAAAUGCAUGAUGAAGCUGAAGAGGAAAAAGAAGAGAGGCCUCUGUGGGGAAGAGGAAAGAAUAUCUAUUAUCAACAGAAGGAGAAUGUUGAGGUAGAUUCGAGUGAUGAGGACCUUAUCGCCGAGGAGGAGGCAGAGGUGUUGAGAAUGCAGCAGAAAAAAGCCAAAUCCUUAUCUGCAGCAGAUUUUGGUAUUGAAGAUGAUGAAGAACCCACAUUUGAGGAAAUUUUGGCCCAAGGAAAACCUGGAUCAGCAGUUUCUGCAGAUGGAGAAGCCAAAAAUGAAGCUGGCAUGGCUUAUGAGGAAGUGCAGAAGGAUUUGAAUGCAUUGACAAAAGAAGAGCAAAUGGAUGUUGUCUAUAGUUCUGCACCUGAAUUGGUUGGUUUGCUGUCUGAGCUUGGUGAAGCGCUUGAGGAGCUUGAUAACAAAGUUAAUCCCCUAUGCAACAAGAUUAAUGGAGAGAUUAUGGUAAAAGGCGGGAUGCACUACAUUGAGGUGAAGAAGCUGCUUUUGCUGUCAUAUUGCCAAGCUAUCACCUUCUAUCUUCUUCUCAAAUCUGAGGGACAACCAGUGCGUGAUCAUCCAGUCAUUUCACGCUUGGUGGAGAUCAAGAAUCUGAUGAAUAAGAUGAAAGAACUUGAUGGAAACCUUCCUUCUGAACUAGAAGACUUUAUGCACAAGAAUGUUGAUAAUGUAACUGGUGUAAAGUUGGCGGGAAGGAACUUGGAUUCUGAACCUCUCCCCAUUAACAAGCCUUCUGUGGCAUCAACUGAUAUUCAAGAAAAAGAGCCUCAUGAAGCUGAGUUGGUGGAGGCAAAUGGUUUAAAGAGUCAACGGAAAAACGAUUCAAAACGCAAACGUAAGGACGAUCAAGUUGGUAUCCAAAGCAUGGAAAUGUUAAAAGUGAGAGCUGCCCUUGAGGAAAAAUUGAAGCACACAGGUGUCUUAAGUUCCAUUGCACAUAAACAUGAAAAACAAAACAAGCGCUCGCGACUACUGAAUGGAUCGUUGGCAACACCUGAUGAUUUUGAUGAUGAUGCCAUGGGUGCUGGAGAUGAUCGUGAGACACGAAGUAUAAACAAGCUGUCUAGGCUUGUAACUCCUCAAGUAGCAAGACCGAAGGUAAUAUCUGGUGAUGAUGAUUUACCAAAACGGGAUGACAUUGGAGAAAGGAGAAGAAAGCAUGAAAUGAGAGUUCUAGCUGGAGCUGGGGUUGAACCUUUUGAUGAUGUCAAAGAUGAGCCUGGUGACCAUGCAAGUGAUGAUGUUGGUGCUACUUCUGACGAUAGUGAAAUGGACUCAGAUUUGGAAUACUACAGAGAAGCCGAAAAGCAACAUUCAGCUAAGGUUGCUGCUAAAGAAAAGAUGUAUUCCAGAUCCCCAGCUAUGCCGUUAGAGCCAGAAAAUCUUCUGGAUGGGAAGCGCCAGAUAAAUGUCCAGAUGGAGAAAAACAGGGGCCUUACUCGUAAUCGUAAGAAGCAAGAUAAAAAUCCUAGGAAGAAAUACAGGGGGAAACAUGAGAAGGCUCAGAAACGUAGGGAAGGACAAGUUCGGACAAUUAAGAAACCAAAAGGUCCUUAUGGUGGAGAAGAUACAGGAAUUAAUGCUGGUGUUAGUCGAAGUAUCCGAUUUAAGGGGUAAGUUCUCAGCUUGCCCACAGGGCUUUGGUCUAGUGGUAAGAGCUCUUCAUGUCUUGAGUUCGAAUGCUCCCACAAACAAAAGCUUGGCAUUUAAGUGGAGAAAGGUAGCCGAACCUUGCAUCACACUGGUCCACGGGGAUUUAUCAGUUAUGGAAAAAAAAAAGUUUGCGUUUCUACACCUCGAGUAUAAGAGAUGGUAUUCUCUUUUUCAGGAAGUCCUUUUUCUGGUGUGGUUAAACUGUAGUCUUUUUCGUCGUCCUUCCAAUUUUGUUCCCCUGGAAAAGGGGAGUGAUAUAAGAUGAAUGUGAACUGCUUCUGUUUCUUUAUUUAAGUUUUUUAAUUGUCUAUCUCGUAUUGGUCUCAGCUUACAUAUAAUUGUAAUGGCUAGCUUAUAAUUUUCUCAAGCAAUAUUUUGCAAUUAAA